CCUCUGUCCUAUUCCAUCCACCACGAAACACGAUGCGAUUCUCACAGUUGAUACUCUGUACAUUUUUCUUAGCCAACUCAGCGGCUAGCCGACAGCAUGCAGCUCAUCACUCUCUUCUCUUCAACCAAAUGCCUAUUCAAAGCUCAGAAGUACAAGAUUCAAGCUCAAACGACCUUCCACUUUCGACGAGGGAGCAUUGGAUGAGAAUAGCGAGUUCGGCAAACCAUGCAAUCUCACCUUGUCCAUUUGCACCCUUUGGCACAGCUAUCGUCAACCAUACAUUGUCUUUGUCAGAUCCUACUCAUCUUGGAGAACUGAUAUGUAUGGGUGUGAAUGACAAUGGUCACUCUGGCAACCCUACCUUGCAUGGAGAGAUGGUGAGGAUUGGGAAUUGUACUUCCAUUCUCACUGAUCCUGAAGGGUUGUACAAGCUCUCUGCAUCUGAGACAAAAGAAGCGUGGAGGAGCUUCUCUCUUUAUACUACCGCUGAGGUGGGUAUCCCGUAGUUGUGUCUAAUGGAGCCUCUACUGAUACGAGAACAGCCGUGCCCAAUGUGUGCUGGUGCAAUCGCCUGGGCGGGAAUGAAAGAGGUUGUGUACGGAACAAGCAUCGAAAAGUUGAUUGACUUGGGAUGGUCUCAGAUUGAGA